AUGUCAAUGUCAAAUAAAGGACAAGAAGAAAGUUUUAUAGAAGAUACAGAAGGAUUCAAAUCUGAAGGGAAACCUUUGCUGGUCAUUAACCUAGAAGAAAAGAAAGAUAUCUUCUAUACGCAACCUGAGAAGAUGAGCAGCUCAGACAGUGUUAAUCAUAAUCUCACGACAGAUGGUUACAAGGAUAUUUUGAAGCAUAAUCCGGUGUCCAGAUGGCAUAAAAAUAGAUAUAUUAUCUAUUUUUCUUGCUUAUGCAUCUACUUUGUGUCGACAACCAAUGGUUAUGAUGGGUCUUUACUUACCGCUUUGUUGGCAGUUCCCCGUUUCAUGACUACCAUGGGCAUAAAAGAUGCGCUGGGAACUGGUUUAGUGAUGUCGAUAUUUCAAAUUGGACAAAUCUGUGUUACCGUAUUUGUUUGGUUGGGAGACUUUAUUGGAAGGAAGCCAACCAUUUUCAUAGGUUCUUGUAUUGUUUGUGUGGGUGCAAUAAUAACCGCUUUAUCUAACAGCUACAACAUGUUUGUUGGUGGCCGGUUUCUCCUUUCGUUUGGUUCUGGUUUGUCUUGCUCCUUAAGUACUUCCUACCUUUUAGAGAUUGUUCCUCCGAACGAAAGAUCUGUGUUAUGUGGUAUCUACAAUAGUCUAUACUAUAUAGGAAGUAUCAUUGCAACCUGGAGUGCUUAUGGAACGAAUAUCACCUAUGAAGGAAGCGAUUUAGCUUUUAGAAUACCAUUGUGGUUACAAUUACUUUGCCCUGGAAUCGUUGUUGUCCUGAUGCUUUUUGUUCCCGAGUCACCAAGAUUUCAUUACAUGAAAGGUAAUAUUGAUAAAGCUAGGAAUUUUUUUGUGAAGUACCAUGCUAAUGAUGACUCUUCUCAUCCAAUUGUUGAAUACGAAAUGGCUCAAUUAGAAAUGUCUUUAAUGGAAUUUGGAAAGUUUACUAUCAAGGACUAUUUCGAUUGCAGAGUAUUAUUCAAAACCAGAAAGGAUGCGAGAAGAAGCACCUUGGUUGUUGCAGCUUCAUGGUUUGGACAAUUUUCUGGGCAAGCGGUGGUUGGCUAUUAUUUAACUACUAUCCUUUUAGACUUAGGUAUUGAAAACGCCACCACGAGAUUGCUAUUAAAUGGUAUUAACUCGAUAUUGGGUUACAUCUUUGCAACAGCUGGUUCACUUUUAGUUGGAAAACUAGGAAGAAGAAAAGUCUUCUUAUUUUCAAAUUCUGGAUUUAUUCUUUCAUUUACCGUAAUAGCUGCAUGCACUGCUGCUUUCCAAGACCAUGGAAAUCAAACUGCUGGACGAGUUGGUAUUGCUUUUAUUUAUAUAUUCAAUAACGUUUUUUUCGCUUUUGGAUAUACUCCACUUCAACCACUUUAUCCUGCUGAAAUAUUAAGUAGUCCUAUGAGGGCUAGAGGUAUGGGAAUGUUUCAAUUAGUUCAAGGAACUGCAAGUUUUGUAAAUACCUACGCUGCUCCUGUUGCCAUGGAAAAUAUCAGAUAUUGGUUUUAUGUCUUCUUCGUUUUCUGGAAUAUUUUCCAAUUAUGUAUCAUUUAUUUCUUCUUUGUCGAAACUAAAUCUUUAACCUUAGAAGAAAUUGAUUUAGUCUUUGAAUCAUCAAAACCAGUCAAAUCAAGUAUUAUUUUGUCAAGAUGUGACGAAGAAAGCAAAAUAGAAAAGAGCAGAUUGGCGCAUAUUAUGAUUCAAAACAGUAUAAAUGAAAAACCCACGUCAAUAGUUCGUAUGGUUUAG